AUGUUGAAGUCUACGUGCUUAGUUCUGUGUUGCCUUAUCCUAAUCACUUUGGCUGAUGGCGCUAGUGAUCCGGAUGAGAAAAGUCCGAAGCAUAGAAUCGUUCUGAAUGAUUCCUACCGCUUCCUGGUUCUCGGGAGUGAUCACGUGGCACGAACUGUUGGAAUGUUUUUGGCCCAGAAAAAUUUGGAUCACCAAGUUUUGGUACUCCAAUCAGCUCGAUGUGAUUUGUCAAUGGGGGGAGGUGAAAAAUCUUCGGCAUCAAUUUUUGCUGAACGGGUUGCCGACACAUUCGUCGAAUGCGCUCAAAGGACAGGAUUCAAGGUGAAUGAAGCUUUUGAUCCAAUCCGGGGCCAAAUUGGGAUUGUUCGGCAUAAUCGCACAGUUUUGGGCUCUGAACAACAAACGCUUCUGGCUAUGGACCCAAAUUUAAAGCUGCUGACAGGCGUGAAUAUUGUGAGACUGUUAUUCAAUCACGCCUCCGGUUCAAUCCUGGGAGCCGAAAUCGAGCUGAACAAUGCCACUCAGUAUAUUUAUGCCGAGGAAGAAUUGAUUAUUGCCGGUAGAUGUUUGAAUGAUUACGAUCAUCUAGCACGUGGCUCGAUCGUUGCUAGAGACACAUAUUUGAAAUUACUUCAAAGCACCCCACUAGAUGUUAGUUGGGGUAGUCCCUUGGUGGCUCCAAUAUUUUACAUUCAUACAAUCCAAACAUUGGAUGAUAAUUCAAACCCAACCGUUUUGGAACCAGAACUGUUGCUCAGCGUAUCUAGACAUCAUACUCCGGGUCACAUCGACGAUGAACCGAAUACUAAAAUCAACCUGAUCAUGGGAAAUGCCAACCUGGAGAAUCAUAUUUGGCUCGGGUUCGUUCCAUCGAUAAUUUCGGAUGAUAUCGCCUAUCAACCGGAUCACGAGGAUACUGUCCAAAUGCUUUCGUACUUGCUCAAAUUAAUUGCCACCAACAUCACCGACUGUGAAGCCUUCAGACAGCUAGAAAUGACUCCGUUAGACCAUCACAUCCUCGAGUGCAAAAGCUACGUUGGAAGCUCCCAGUACUGGACUUGUUAUGCUGACGUCAGGUUGAAGCGGUUUGAAAAGAUCAAACACCCGGUCAGCAGGCAGAUGGCCCGGAUCGUCGAUUCAGACUAUCGCAUUAACGGUAUCCGAUCGCUGCGACUUUUGCCAUUCGGACUUUCUACGCCCUUUCUCUGGACCCAGUUGGGCAAGCUGUUUAGCGCCGGCAGUGUGCCAUUCGAACGAUUGUCACCGGCAAGGUUCACGACCACUACUCAGGCGUCUGCUGGACAAUUUGGGACAAGUCCCGGUACCCUGGAAGCCACCACCGAGAUCGAGGGCCAGAAGAUAAACGCAUUUGACCGAUUGAUUGCAGUGCUUAAGGAGCUAAAGGCAGCCAAGGGCUCUAAUGUGGUGUAAAUUGUAAAGUUAUUUUGUUAGCUAUAGUUAGCUUAA